AUGUUUGAGAACGGAAAGACCAAGAUUGACUUCGGAACGUUCAUAAAGGAAGGCGUCACAGAACCCUCUUCUUCAACCGGAAAAGGACUCGGUGGUCCCCAAGAGACGCAACCUGCGAGAGCGAGAACCCCGAGAUUUUCUGUCCGAAGCAGGGUAGAUGCAGCCAGGCUCGGGCCCCAGGAGCUCGAGCAGAGCGCCGGCCGCGCCGCGAUGGCUUCGCGAAAGAAAGCGGAUGGAGGCGGACGGGCUUCAUUCCGGGGGCUGACGCCGCCGAGCGUCCUCGUGGAGGAGGGCCGGGCCGGCUGGACCCGUCGGGCUCGACCUCCUGGUCUGUCUAACGGGGGACGGCGCGGGGCUCCCCGCAGCGACUGCCGGGCAACGGCACCCGGAGAGCCCAACCCGCACGCGCGGGAGGGCAGCUGGGCCGGGGACAGGGGCGAGCUGGGGGGAGCCAGGCCCAGGACCCUCCAGGCUUUGCAGAAGCUCCUCUGGCUGCGGGUCUUGCCCAGCCUGCCCGCUUCCGGACUCAGCUUCCCUGUCUGCCCAGUGGCCCGGACUCUUCGACUUCGGAACCCCAUCCGGGACGCGCGGGGAGGCGGAGGGCUUGGCUUGGGUGGAGGUGGGGUCCCGGACCUGCGCGCCGGGCUGAGGGGCUGCUUAGGCAGGGAGCUAACCCCCAUCCUGUUACCCCGCCAACGCGGCUGUGGGGGUCGCCCGAGGGGCAGAGCGUUGGCGGGGCGGAGGCCCCCACGGUGGCAAGGCUCCCUGCCGCUCGGAGCCCCUCACGGCCGGGCCGCGGGGAGAAAGCGGCUGGACCUGGGCGCUGAGGUCACCUUUUCCACUGCUCCCGCCGCGAGCGGUUUCCGGAAUUUCCGCGGCGCAGCGGCGGGAGGCCCGGGCUGGGUCCCAGGCAUCGGGCCUGCGGCUGCGCCCCCGGGGUGGGGUCUGCGGGGCUUGGGUCACGCGGGAAGCCAGGAGGAGCCUUCUCCCAAGGGCUCCCCUCCUCCGGGCCUCUGUUCCACACGGGAGGAGGGACCCCACUCUCUUGAGCUCUUUGCCGCCGCCGACUCUGCAACUGGAGCAGAGGCCCGGCCACUGCUUGAGCACAUUUUUUCGCCUAAAAGGGGUUCAUCUCCGGGUCUUUUGGGGGAUCGCCCCCCAGGGAGAUGGCGUCCAGACUGGGAGAUCAGAGGCUUCCCCUGUCCAGGCAGGGGGUGCUCAAGGGUGAAGGAGCCGAGGUUGGGCUCCCUCAGCCCUCAGUGCCAGCCAAAGCCUCGGAAGGCUCAGUCAGCUGCACUUAGGAGGGCCCAGUGGCCUUGUCCCCUGCUGGCCACGGGAACAGCCCCAUCGGGUGUCCCAGGAGCUGGAGGGGGCAUUCUGCCACCUGAAAUGGGGUGGAGUUGGACUGUGCUGGUCUUCUUACUCCCCCCAGUCUAGAGGCAGUCCUCAUCCUGAAAAUGACCUGCCCUAAGCCUGACCCGGGAGCCAUCCCAGGGAGCAACUGAAGGGCGACACAAUCCACCCCUCAGCCACUGAGGUUGUCCACGCAUCACCUGGAAAUGUAAGCAAAUCCCGGCUGGACAACGUUUUCUCUCAGGGCAGCUAGGGAGAGAUAGGGCCAUGCCUGGUAAUCGGAGGCGGGAGUGCACAGAUGCUGCGGCGCUCUGGAAGAUGCACCCUACCCGCUACUGCACCCCUGCCAGACCGCCCUGCGACCUGGCUGGGGAGGCGGCUUACAGCGACGCCUUCCCAGCCCAGCUGCGUGGCUUUGCCUCUUCCCUCCCACCCCCACCCCGACCUCACCAGGCUCCCCAACCUCUGCCCAGACGGCUAGAUUUCCUAGACGAUCCCUCUUUCUUCACUCCCCUCAGCCCUGCCUGCCUCUGUGCCCUCCGGCACGUCACCGCUCGCGGGCUCCCGCGCUCCGCCGGCCUUUCUCUGCACUCGUCUCGGAGUCCCAGGCACCCUCAGUCGCUGUUUCGCAUCUUGUGUGGCCCUCGCCUUCUCGCUUUGGCCCCUGUCUCACCUCUCAUUCGAUCCCCUGCUCCCACCUCCGGGGGUCUCAGUUCCGAGCUCUCCCGCUCUCUCCUGUCUGAGAGUGCGCUCUGCAGGGUCUCCUUAGGUCUCAGUUGUCCCGCCCCUCUCACGGCCCCCUCCCUCCCGCCAUCCUGCAGGUCCGGCCUUCCCCGGGCUUGGCCUGGGG